AAAGUUGAAUGAACUGUUGACGCCAGAAAAAAGCAGAUACAAUACAAAACUAGUAGAUUUGAAAUUGAAGUUUGUUCCAUAAUCCGUUUUCAAAAAUCAUCAACAAUGUACAAAGUCAAAUUACAAGAACUAUGUCAUAAGAAAUCAUGGAGUUUACCCGAAUACGAAACAACGAGAGAAGGACCCCCUCACAAUCCUCGCUUUACAUCAACCGUAACCGUCAACUCCAUACCGUUUACAACCGUUUCACCUUCCAGAUCUGUUAAACUUUCCCAAAACGACGCCGCUAUGAUUGCGUUUAAUCAUUUCUCUCAACUAAACCCUAUUUCUUCUUCUUCUUCUUCUCCUUUUCUCCCUAAUCUCUCUUCUUUUCCUCAACCGCAUCUUUCCACUUCCUCCUUUUCUCCAGGUUCACCUGUUGCCAGACCUCAAGUUCAUGACAUGCUUCCCACAAACCGAGACUUGCAAAACUUGCUUCCCACAAACAGAGACUUGCAACCAAAAUCAGAAGUUGCAUGCCCAACUUCUCAGAUCAGUAGCACUGUUACAGAUGGCGUGAAAGCACAAGAUACAAAAAGUAUCAUACAUUUGUACAAGAACCAAUUGCAGAACUAUGCUCAAAAGAGAAACCUGAAUCUUCCAGAAUAUUCUUCUGAGUGGGAGGGUCCUCCUCACGCCAUGCGUUUCAGGUGCAAAGUUACAAUUGAUGGGCAGACCUUUGAGUGUCCUAAGUUUUAUUCUACAUUGAAGGACGCUGAACAUGCAGCAGCGGAAUUUGCUUUUAUGUCAUUAUCACCAAGUGGAGUUCAAGAGGAUGAUAUUGUGGUAUACAAAAAUCUUUUGCAAGAAUUAGUUCAAAAGGAAGGAUUUCAUUUACCAGUUUAUAGUACAAAUAAAUCUGGUGAGGCUCACAAGCCUACAUUUACUUCACAAGUGGAGGUAGAAGGAGAAGUAUUUACUGGACAAGAAGCAAAAUCCAAGAAGCAGGCAGAGAUGAGUGCUGCCAAGGUUGCUUAUACAAUUUUGAAAGAACGCAAAGGCGAGUCAGAACCAAGUUCUUCAGUUCCUUUGUCAGCUCGUCAAGGACAAGCCUCUUACUUCCCCUCAGACCAUUCUGAAUCAAAUGUCAUAACUGAUCUGCAACACGAUGCCGAUCCAAAAUCACUGGUCAGACUUGGACUAGUCACCUGUAAUCAACCUAACAAAGAUAAACAAAAUAUGUUUUCACAAUCUUCGAAGGAACUUUUAGGGAUGAAGCACCAAGAACAAGAACUCGACUCAACUUCCCAGUCGACUUCUCAAAACAAUCCUACCAAAGGCCCCCAAUUGACAUUAAGCCCAACGAGUUGUGUAGCAUCCUUAGCUGAUGCUCCAACCAAUUCAUCAUCAUCAUCGUGGAAUACUUGUGGACAAAAACGUUUAUCCAUUCCUACCACAGGGAAAGGGAAAGGGAAAAAGAAAAAGUAGUUAUAGAACCCAUUGACCUUUCUUCCACGUUGUGGCUUGCUAGACACUAUUUUCUACAUAGAAACUAGGACCAAGGUACCCGGGGCACGCGCGAAACAAGUUAAGGAGGAUGUUGCAAAGCUUGCGACAAUUAAAGGCUAAGCUACAGGGUAGAGUAGCAAACUUAUAAAAGAAGUUAUAGGAUGAGAAGGUUGUGAACGCGCUUGAUUCACAAAUUGUGGUAUAAAACGACCUAUGACACUUUUAAAAAUGUCGUGGCUCAUUUAUCUAUUUUUGUAUUUUGGGUUAAAGGUUGUUGGGGACACAAUAAACUAGUUUACUAAUGAAUGAAAUUGAUAGUUCUUUGACAUUUUUGCUAUUUGGUAGAGUAAUUGGAUAGAAUAAUAGUUGGAUUGUUCUUAGUACAACUUAUGCGAAUAAUUUCCAAGAGAAAACUUACAUAAAGAGAGGGAAAGUACAACAACUGUAGUUAAAAUAAUAACCAACACAUCCUUUAGGAAUUAGAGAGCCUCUACCAACCUAAUCCAACAUAAAACAACUGAAUGGUAAACCUAAUGUCAUCCUUAUUCCAUUUAAUAAAAUUAUAUUGGGCCUUGUGUAAUGGGCUUGCGCCUCACAUACGCAUUCUUGAUAGGAAGCCUACU